AUGGAGAGAGCCAGGCCAGAGCCACCGCCUAGGCAGCGCCAACUGCCGCGGGUGACCCCGCCGCGCCUGCUGCGCCCCGCUCUGCCCCCGCUGCCAGCCGAGGGCACCUCUUUUCGGGUAGCGGCCGCAGAGGCCCAGCCGUCGCCGCAAGCCUCGUGCGUGGCCACCACUGCGACAGUGGCCCCGUCGUGCUGGGAGGCCCCGGCGUCGGGUGUCCAGCUCAGGGCGCAGGGGCUGCUGCAAGUGAAGCUGGAGCAGGUGUCACUGCUGCCGCCAGGGUGCCCGCCUCCUCAGGCCGGGGACAUAGGCGCCACCGCGUCGCCCGCGCUGCUGCAGCGGCCACCGCCACCUGCUCCCGAGAGUUCCUCCUGUGGGCCCAAAGGGCAGCCGUUGCUGCCCCGGGCGCUGCACGUCAAGGCUGAGAAGCAGGAGCUAGGGCCCCGCUCGGAUCCGUCGGUGGGCCCUCGGAGGAUGGUCGAGGCGGGCCCACGGACCUCCAGAGCAGCUCAGGUGGAAGGCUCCGGACCCGCCCUUGACUGCCCCCGAAGGGGCGAGAAGAAGGGCAAGUCAGAGGCGGAGGAGGUCAUGAGGGACACCGCGGAAGGUCGGGAUGGCAAAGGCCUGACACCCAUCCGAGAGGGGGUCAUCAAGACGGAGGAGCCCGGGAGACCCCGUGAGGAGUGCAGGCUAUCCACGGAGCCCGCGUCCAGUGGCCUGGUCCAUGGCAGCAAGGAGGUCAUCCGGGCCCAGCCGUCCAGCACCUUUGGGCCGCACCAGCGAGACCUCGCGAACCCUUUGACUCUCCACACCGUUCCUCCUGGAGCUCAGAUCCAGUUCCAGGAACCUCCACCUUCGGAGCUGAUACGAUUGACCAAGGUCCCCUUGCCACCAGUGCCUAUCAAAAUGCAGUCCUUACUGGAGCCUUCUGUAAAAAUUGAAACCAAAGAUGUCCUGCUUACCGUGCUUCCCUCAGAUGCAGGAAUACCAGACACUCCUUUCAGUAAGGACAGAAAUGGCCAUGUGAAGCGACCCAUGAAUGCAUUUAUGGUUUGGGCAAGGAUCCACCGGCCAGCACUAGCCAAAGCUAACCCAGCAGCCAACAAUGCAGAAAUCAGUGUCCAGCUCGGACUAGAGUGGAACAAGCUUAGUGAAGAACAAAAGAAACCCUAUUACGAUGAAGCACGAAAAAUUAAAGAAAAGCACAGAGAGGAAUUCCCUGGUUGGGUUUAUCAGCCUCGUCCAGGGAAGCGAAAACGCUUCCCUUUAAGUGUUCCCAAUGUAUUUUCUGGUACCACACAGAAUAUCAUUUCUACAAAUCCUACAAUUUAUCCUUAUCGCCCACCGACUUACUCUGUGUUAAUUCCCAGUCUGCAGAACACCAUCAUUCAUCCAGUUGGUGAAGCUCUACCUGCAAUCCAGCUGCCCACACCUGCAGUCCAGCACCCAAGCCCCAUCACACUUUUCCAGCCCAGUGUUUCCAGUACUGUGCAGGUGGCCAUCCAGGCUCCAAGUGUGCCCCUCUGCCCAGCAGUCCCACCCCAGAGCUUUGCUGGGCCCUCCCAAAUGAACACUCAUCAGCUGCCUUCCAGAGCCACUAGCUUGGUGAGGAGACACACUCCUGUCUCUCAGGAGAGCAUCAACAGGAUUCCAACUGGUGCAAAUACUGCCCAUGCCAGAUUUGCAACCCCAACCAUCCAGCCUUCCAAGGAGUAUCUGAGCAUUUCUGCUUGUCCCAGAAGUGCUCCAGUCCCCCUGCCUUCUCCUCUCCCAUACUCACACAUCUACCAGCCUCCUCCCUUUAGCCCUUCAGCCACAUUAUUUGGGACACCACCACGAUUCUUGUUUCAUCACUCUUACUUCCUACCUGGACCUCACUACUUCCCAUCAAGCAUGUGCCCUUUUAGUCGGCCUCCCUUUGGCUAUGGAAAUUUUCCAAGUUCAGUGCCAGAAUGCCUUGGUUCUUAUGAAGACAGACGCCAAAAACAUGAGGUUGCGUUUUCAACUUUAGAGAGAGAGUAUGGUCUUACAGACUACUCAGGUGAUCGCCCACACAGGAAAGAUUCUCGGAGUUGUGAGAGCGUGGAUGGGACCUCUUACUGUAACAGUCACAGCCAUGGUGGGGAAGAAUACUUAAAUCUCAGGCCUCAGCUGGAUGUUGGAGCUUUUGAGAACGUCUUCACAGCCCCCACAUCAACUCCCUCUCGCAUCCAGCAAGUCAAUGUCACUGACAGUGAUGAGGAGGAAGAAGAAAAAGUGCUCAGGAAUCUAUAAUUUUAAAACAAAUAUGCACAGAAAAUAAACAUUUCUUAAAAUGUAUCUGGGUCAGUUGGUGUGAGAAAAAAAAGCCUAGAAUGCUUUGUUAAAUUUUCAGCCAUGAUUUGAGGUGUCAAAACCAAAUGCAAUUUACACCUUCAUAAAAUUUUGAUUAGUGAAACUGGAGUCCUGAUGUUUCAUUGUAGGAAUAUUUAAGAUAAAUGAAGUAGUUUAUUUUUAUGGCUGAAAUGUGCACGAACAUAUAUUAUCAUUAUGUGGAGAAUAACAAAUCCCUACAAUUACAUGUGAAGGGAAAGGGAGUUCAUAUCUGUCAG